CAGCAGUGUCUUUAUAUGAACACUCUCUGUCCGUCAGUGAACUUACUGCGUGUUUUCUGUCCCCGCAGCUCACAACAGAUCCACAAACAGCUUCACACUUCUAUCAGCCUCUGUCCCACAGCUGGACUUCAUAUUGUCAAACUUUCUCUGCAACUGGUGUUUGUGGAACAAGAGGUGGAAAGGCUUGCCACACAUCUGACUCCUGAACAUCUUCCUCUCUCUGAAGUGGACAGACUUUCAUCGGGAUGAUUUCACAGAAGGUGAUUCACUCCAACACUUCACAGUCAGUGAGGUUGAAUCUGCCGCAGGUGUUAUUAAAGCCAUCCAUCAUUCUGGGAGUUUACCAUAUGAUCACUUGAGUGACAUUAAACACCCCCGCUCUGUGUAGGUAGAUCUGCUGGUUUUGUUUUUAUGGCCAUUUCUCGUUAAUAAGACACCGGGGGAUAACUCCAUCCUACACUCCUAUCUUUUAUCGAUGAUGUGGAAAAUCUUGUGAUUCCGAGAUCGUCUGUAAUCAUGAUGGCCGCCGCCCUCUUUCAAGAGAAGGAGCAUCCCCUCCUCCAGCUGCAGGAGGUGGACUCCAGUCGAGUUGGAUGUCGCGCCCCCCUUCCUCCCCUCAGGGCCUCCUCUCCUGGGUUAUCCAUGGCGAACCAGCCCAUCUGCAUCCCCUCCCCGUACACCGACAUCGGCCACGACUUCCCCCCCCUCCCUUUCUACAGUCCGACCAUCUUCACGUACGCCGGGCCGGGUAUCUCCGACUGCCCCUCUGUCUGUCAGUCGCUCAGCCCCUCCUUGUUCUGGCCCAGUCACGGCCAUGUGGGGCCCCUCCCCCUGCACCAGGCCCAGGCUCGGACCCCUCAGCCGGUCCAGAGCCCCUGGGUGGAGCUGCGGGACGGCAUCCUGACAACCAGUAAGAGUGUGAGGAGGCGUUCUCAGGAGAGCGAGGAGGCCGUGGUGUCGUCCGGAGGGAAGGCGGACCUCCACUUCUGCGCCGUGUGUCACGACUACGCCUCGGGCUACCACUACGGUGUGUGGUCCUGUGAGGGGUGCAAGGCCUUCUUCAAGAGGAGCAUCCAAGGACACAAUGACUACAUCUGCCCGGCGACUAAUCAAUGCACGAUAGACAAGAACCGCCGCAAGAGCUGCCAGGCGUGUCGCCUUCGCAAAUGCUGUGAAGUCGGCAUGACCAAGUGCGGUUUGCGUAAGGAGCGUGCGAACUGCAGGAACCCCCAGACGAGGCGAGUGACCCGCCUGUCCUCUGAGAGCAGAACCAACCUACCAAAGGCGUUAAACGGAGCAGUGGUGGUUUUAUCAAACGCACCCCUCCCUCCGGCUCUGACCCCGGAGCACCUGAUCUCCAGGAUAAUGGAGGCGGAGCCGCCGGAGAUCUACCUGAUGAAGGACAUGAACCGGCCGCUGACUGAAGCCAACGUCAUGAUGUCGCUCACCAACUUGGCCGACAAGGAGCUGGUGCACAUGAUCAGCUGGGCCAAGAAGAUCCCAGGGUUUGUGGAGUUCGGCCUCCUGGAGCAGGUGCACCUGCUGGAGUGCUGCUGGCUGGAGGUUCUGAUGAUGGGGCUGAUGUGGAGGUCCGUGGACCAUCCAGGGAAACUCAUCUUCUCCCCGGACCUCAGCCUGAGCAGAGAAGAGGGGAACUGUGUGCAGGGCUUCUCAGAGAUCUUCGAUAUGCUGAUAGCUGCCACAUCCAGGGUGAGAGAACUCAAGCUGCAGAGGGAGGAGUACGUCUGCCUCAAGGCCAUGAUCCUCCUCAACUCCAACAUGUGCCUGAUCUCGUCAGAGGGCAGCGAGGAGCCUCAGAGCCGCUCCAAGCUGCUGCGGCUCCUGGACGCCGUGACGGACGCUCUGGUGUGGGCCAUCGCCAAAUCAGGCCUCCCAUACCGCCAGCAGUACACCCGCCUGGCCCACCUGCUCAUGCUGCUGUCACACGUCCGCCAUGUCAGUAACAAAGGCAUGGACCACCUCCACUGUAUGAAGAUGAAGAACAUCGUGCCUUUGUACGACCUGCUGCUGGAGAUGUUGGACGCCCACAUCAUGCACAGCUCCCGCCUGCCCCCCCGCCCCCCCCAGGAGCCCGGGGACCUGACAGAGGUUCCUGAUCGGCCCCCGAGCUCCGGCAGCUCCCUGUCCAACACCUGGACGCCUGGCAGCACCGGGAGUGGAGGUGAACCACAAUGAAUUCACCGCUUUGCACAUAGUUCACAAGACUGAUCAUUUUUUUACUGGAACAUUCUGCUGAAUUCUGUGGAAUUCACAGGGGAAAUUUUGACACACGCUGCACUUAUUGUAGUGAACUCAACUUUGGAGAUUUCAGAUAUUACUCUGCAGACAGACCGAACUUGCCGUUUCCUUUGCCUUACUAAUAAUAACUAUUAUAUACAUUAUUCGGUCAGCAGCAUUAGUUCUUGCUUACAUUUGCAAUUCAUGCAAUAUGUUAAUGCCAAGAUUCUCUCGGGCUGAGCAGCUUAUUUCCAACCCAGUCUCACGGCAUUUCGUGUUAUAGUCACGAAAUUAAUUUAAUCUAUUGAUUCGUGUUCACCAACACGAUUUUUGCAUUUUUUUCGUGUCACACAGAAC